UAUCAACUUUAACUGUGCAGCAGGAAGUAACUUAUAGUUAUAAUAGGUUGAUGACCUGAAACAUGGAUUAUGAAUAAAUUUUUGCGUCGCUACGACGGUUGCGACGGAGUCCAGCAUGCUGCAGCCAAAGAUCCAGCCCAGUGAUGGACUGUCCUUCAGGACCUGCAGUGUUUUCAUCUUCAUGGUUCUUCAGUCUGUUGGAGAGCAAGCAGAGUUAAUUUGUUCACAUCAACCAAUCGUGGCCCUGGCUGGUGAUGAUGUCAUUCUACCAUGUUACCUUGAACCUCCCAUCGAUGCAGAUUCAGAGACCGUGAUAUGGACCAGACCUGGUUUAGACCCAAAGUACAUCCAUUAUCACCAAGAUGGACGACUCGUGUACCGGAAUCAAAAUCCAUCUUAUCAUUACCGCACCAGACUGUUUGAAGGUGAACUGGAGAACGGAAACGUCUCCAUGAAAAUCUUCACAGUGAAACUUUCUGAUGCAGGAAAAUAUUUUUGCAUCUUGGAUUCAAUGAUGAAGUACACAUCCAUCCAACUCAGUGUUGGUGUCGUCUCCACGCCCGUCAUAGAGUUUGUCUCCAAUCAGAGCAGAGAGGUGGUUUUACAGUGUGAGGCUAAAGGCUGGUAUCCAGAGCCUGAGGUGUUCUGGCUGGACGCUGAGGGAAACCUCCUCUCUGCUGGACCUACAGAGACAGUCAGAGGUCCUGAUGACCUCUAUACUGUCAGCAGAAGAUUGACUGUGAAGAAGAGCGACAGCUUCACCUGUAGAGUCCAACAGAAGAACAUCACCCAGACCAGAGAGACACACUUCUAUGUUCCAGGUCAUUUCUUCCCAGUUCAGUCUUUGAGUUGGACUGACAUCAUCUUCACUCUUGUUUUGCUGCUGGUCAUUCUUCUCAUAUGUUUCUGGGCCGAGAGGAAACUGAGAACUAUAAUGAAGUUAAUCAUUUUGCACAAGAACACCAAAGCCAGUCAGACCAACGGGUCAGACUGUGCCAUGUUGCACAAAGAAGAUGAGCAACGGGACAACCAGGAAGCAACUGAGGAUGAAAUGACGACUGAACAAACUUCAAACAACCAGAAAAACCUAAAACCAAGUAUUACCUUACAGAAAAGUCAUGAAGAGCCAAACGUCAGGAGUCAGAGUGAAAAUAGAAGAGAUGGAGGAACUGUAGAGGAAACAGUUCAAACUCCAGGACAGUGUUGUGGAGAAAUUGCUGAAGUCAAUGUUGAGGUCAGGAGAGAAGAAAGUGUUCAGGAGCCUCUGAUGUCUGAUGCUGAUGUAUCUAUUGAACAGAGAUGUAUAAAGUACUGG